AUGGGCGAUCCAAACGCUAGCGACUGGUUAAAAUCACAGCAAAAGGCCUCCCGCAAGGCGCGCUGGCUAGUGGGCAUUCUCGGGUUAGUGGUUCUCCUCGCUCUUCACAAAUCAUUAUAUGGAAUAAAUUACGGUCCUGUCAAUGCUACAUACCCGUGGUGUACCAAUACACUUGGAGAUGUGAUUGAAGACAUUAAACUACUAUCACAACUCACCAACCGCAUUCGGUUGUAUGGAAUGGACUGCCAGAUGGCAAACAUGACUCUUUGGGCCAUCAAGCUUCUUAACGUCAACAUGACGGUAAUUCCUACCAUCUGGGUUGACAACAACGCAACGACAUAUCAAAGACAGUACAACAGUCUAUUUACUCUCAUCAAUGACCAUGGCGUAGACAAAAUCGACGGUAUUUCGGUCGGUAAUGAAGUUCUCUUCCGUAAAGAAAUCACCCCACAAGAUCUGUUUAACCGCAUUGCAGACGUUCGUCAGAAAGUAAAUGCACUCCCCAACGUCAAAAAGAAGGUUCCUGUGUUUACAUCCGAUCUCGGUUCGAACGUAAAUGACGCACUCGUUGCUGCAGUCGAUAUCGCGUUGGCUAAUGUUCAUCCAUACUUUGGUGGAGUCCCGGCUCAACAAGGCGCUAACUGGACAUUCGAAUUCUUCCAACAGAAUGACGUCGUUGUUGCGGCAAAAGCUGGUAAAGAAGCCAUCAUAUCGGAAAUUGGUUGGCCGACCGCUGGUAAUUCCCAGCAAGCUGCGGUUGCUUCUGUGCCAAAUCUCAACGACUUUAUCCAAAGUUUCAUCUGCGCCGCUAAUACGAAACAAGUAAAAUAUUACUAUUUCGAGUCUUUUGAUACACCAUGGAAGACUGCAAUGUUUACUCUUUUGGAGGGCAGUUGGGGUCUAUUUACUCCUGAUCGCAAGUUAAAGGAUGUGACGAUUCCCGACUGUCCACCAACAGCCCCAGGUUUUAAUGGUUUCUCUUAA